ACGCCAGCACGCACAGGGCACGUUCCGUGACGUAUCCGCUACGUGUGCUUUAUCAGGCGUCUUCCCGCGCGGCAUUCCUCCCAGUCUCUCUGCUCCUCGGCGGUGACUGUCUUCGGGGCUGUUUUGCUUCUUAACUUCCAGGACACCAAUUCACUGCCAUGUCCUCUGAAGAAGGGAAACUCUUUGUGGGAGGGCUCAACUUCAACACCGAUGAGCGGGCUCUGGAAAACCACUUCAGCAGCUUCGGGCCUAUUUCUGAGGUGGUCGUUGUCAAGGAUCGGGAAACUCAGCGAUCCCGGGGUUUUGGCUUCAUCACCUUCACCAAUCCAGAGCAUGCCUCAGAUGCCAUGAGAGCCAUGAAUGGAGAGUCUCUGGAUGGUCGCCAGAUCCGUGUUGAUCACGCAGGCAAGUCUGCCCGUGGAACCAGAGGGGGUGCCUUUGGGCCCCUUGGGCGUGGUCGCAGCUACUCUAGAGGUGGUGGGGACCAGGGCUAUGGGAAUGGCAGGUAUGACAGUCGACCUGGAGGAUAUGGAUAUGGAUAUGGAAGGUCCAGAGACUAUGGUGGCAGAAGCCAGGGUGGUUAUGACCGCUACUCAGGAGGAAAUUACAGAGACAAUUACGACAACUGAGAUGAGGCAUGUGCACCUAAUUAUACACAAGGAAUAAAACAACUUCUGAUCCAGGAUCGUCCUUCCAAAUGGCUAUAUUUAUAAAGGUUUUUGGAGCUGCACUGAAAAACGUCUGGUUUAAGUACACCAACUUGUUUUUGAAUUGAGCUCCCAAGGUGGUUUGUUAAAGACCUUUUGGAAAGUUAAUGUGUUUUAAAAAAAUUUUUUUCUCCCAUGUAAAGACAAAUUCUGGGACAUUUGUAGAGUCUGGGUGUUUUUCAUUUUCCCAAUUUUUGAGUUUGGGCUCUCAGGAUUAUUGGUUCUGGCAAGAAAAAAUUGCCAGACUGAUUGUUUUUUUAAUAAUGUGUAUCUAGGGACAUUUUAAAAACCUGUACACAAUGUUUAUCAUGGUUAGGAAGCAGUUUCCGAACAAGACAUCAAGAAUAACUUAGAGGUGUGUUUUACUCAACAUCACUGCCCUGAUUAUAUAGAAGUUGCUUAAAAAUAUUUGUGAAUGUCAUUUUUUUUAAUACUGGAAGAAAAAACUAUUCUGUUGUGUUUCAUGUAGUGUUUAGGAUGUUCUUCAUAGAGUUGAUUAAAAAGUUGAAAUCUGAAAACUAA